UCAGACAAAUCAUCAAUGCCCAGGAAGCUUCAGCAGACACACUCGAUUGCUCCCACCCACAUGCACACACACAUUUUACAGAAGUCAAAAGUUCCUUUUUCAUUUCACAGUUAAACAGCAGGCCUCGCUUAUUCCAUUUUAUCUGACACGGCUGAAGGCCUUCGACGGCAGUGAAGGUCGACGCUGUGUGCGAGCGUUACAAUAAGAGAGAGGGAGACAUUUUGGGGUUUUUCGUUGAGUGAGAGGAAAUUUUGAAACAUUGUGCAAUGGUGCCGCAAAAGUUUUGAAAGGUUGAGAGUGUUUUGCCAGCAAAGCGUCUUAGAGUCGGUCCAUUGGAGAAGAGGUCUCCAUGUUGCAUCCAUACAGAAUGGAGAGCUAUCUCAUCCCACCUCAUCCAGAAGAGAUGUAUGACCCAGAGAUCUACAGACCUCAAAUCACGGAAUAUUAUACUCCAUAUGUCCUUGAUACUGAUAUCCAGGCAGAUCAGUGGGACUACCACCCUCACCCUCACGUGCACCCAGCAGAAUUUGAAAACCUCCAAGAAGCAAACUUCACAGAACUGCAGAGCGUGCAGGCUCUCCACCCGCCCGGCCUCAUACGUCACGACGCCAUAAGAUACGACGCAGAAAGCCUGCUUGAUCCAAAUCUUGGGGCACAUGCACAUGUGUUACAGCAACCGGUGGCAUUCUUCCCUCGGGCUUUGUAUCCGCCGCACGUGUCCCAGCGCAGCUCUGACGACGAAGACCACGGAGGACGCAGUCCCCCACUGGAAGUGUCUGACGAAGAGUGUCUGAGGGAUCGAGUUCCUUAUGUCAUACCAGGAGAGCUGGGAAAUAAAAAGAAGAUCCGUUUGUACCAGUUCCUGCUGGACCUUUUAAGGAAUGGCGAUAUGAAGGACAGUAUCUGGUGGGUGGACAGAGACAAAGGGACAUUCCAGUUUUCCUCCAAACACAAAGAGGCUCUGGCUCACCGCUGGGGAAUCCAGAAGGGCAACCGCAAGAAAAUGACCUACCAGAAGAUGGCUCGAGCUCUGCGCAACUACGGCAAAACUGGAGAGGUGAAAAAGAUCAAGAAGAAGCUCACGUACCAGUUCAGCGAUGAGGUCCUGGGGAGGGGUCACCUGGAGAGAAAAACGUACAUGUAGGAAGGAGGGAAACGUCCGGGUGGGGUCAGUAAAAGUAGUUUCUGGUCUUAGAUGCUUAAUCAACCUUGUUCUUCUGGUAAAAACUGUAGGAUUUUGUGAAUAGCACCAAUACUGCUGUACAGAGGAAUCAAUCCCUUGAAAAUACUGGGUAAUGCAGCAUGAAAGUGUGGAAUAGAAAGACAUAACAGAGACCACUUGCCUUAAGUAUCCGAUGUUCUGAUUCCCUCAGAUUCAUCCUGAAAUAUUCCAAGCCUGAACUCUGACCCCUGCCCACUACUUCCAGGUGGUGGCAGCAGGCUGCUUCAUAGAGCAGCAGUCUCCAUGUGGUGGCCAAAGUUGUAACUGCAAGUCAUGUGAUGCUAUGAUUCAGAGGGAAAGUUUUCCAUAGAGUCUUGUAAAGAAAUAUACAACGAACAGCAGUAAAAGAAUGAAAAGAAUUACUGAGCAGCAUUAACUUUAAACCAUUUUCUGAAUAUCACAAUUUAAAUCAUUAGCUCAGAUACAGUCAGUGAGUCUGUAAUAAUAAUAAUAAUAAUAAUAAUAAUAAUAAUAAUAACAAACUUUAUUUAUAUAGCACCUUUAAAAACAAAGUUUACGAAGUGCUUUGACCGCAAAUCCAAAAAGCAAAAAAUAAGAGAAUUAACAAUCAGCAGGAUAUGUGACAAGAAAGCCAGACAACAACGUUGAGGUAGUCGAAAACAAAGUACUGUGCAUGUAAGACGAUGUCACAUAAAGAAUAAAUAGAUAAACACAUGGUGAUAAAAAAAUUAUAAAAAGAUGACAUCCCAUUAAAGUAAGUCUAUAAAAACUUAUAAGAAGUGAUUGUCACUGAUUCUGUGGGCUUAAUAUAUUUAAUCAAAAUUAUAUCAGUGACAUAUUUUAAAACUCUGUAUAAUGCAAUACAAUUCAGAAACAACACAAACAUCCACCAAACUGACCAACACCUCUCUACACAAGUUUUUAAAUGAAGGCAGGAUUUACUUCAGAACUGUUUAUCAUUGCAUUAGACUGUAUUUGCAACUGGCAACUGAGUUUACAUUUCAAAUGCCACCGACUGCAGCUGUGAGAGUAAAGGCACAAACACAUGAGCGUCAUAGUUUUGCCCACAGGAAGCAUACAAAACUUUUUUUAGCAGACAGUACGUGCAGCAUGUGCUGGGUGAGCAAGUUUCAUUGAAAUGAAAAGGCCGCACUUUAAAAUACCGCUGUUUAAUAUAUCCAAGGUGCCAAAACCACCACUGGCCAACCUGAUCAUCUACAGUGACAGGCUCCAAACUCUGGCAAAUUAUCCAUCUUCUUUAUUUAGUUUAAUUAGAUUUUUUGAUGUAAAAAUAAAAGUUAGUUGAGAGUUUGGGACAUAUGUUUAUUGGCUUUACCAAGACUGAGAAAGUGUCACAGUUAAUAUGAAGCUGUGGCCAGCAGGGGGUUAUCUUAGCUUUCCAUUGAGAAACAGGAAGUAGUGGGAACCUGCUUCCAGGCAGGUAUUAAAAUCUUUCUUUCUAUGUUGUUUUACACAUCUGAAGCUCAGUGAUGAUCUCAUAUUAUCUAAUCGGGACAGAAACCUAAACACAACAGUUUGUGGAGUUACGUGAUGGCCUGUUUGUUGUCCAGUGACUUCCUGUAGUCUGAAUGUGAGGAUGUCAGAGACUAAGUUCAUAUUAAAUGUCUAUACAAUUAAUGAUAUGAUACAUUUAUAAACCUGUGGUAUCAAUCUUCUUAUCUAACUCUUUACAUUCAAGUGGAUCAUCUUUUAUAACCUACUACUCUUUAAUAACUAUAAUUAAUAGUGUACAGUCGGGGGAAGAGAGAGACAGGGGUGUUGCAUUUUAACUGCAAGUCACUGUUAUGUCCUGUAUGCAUUUUUAAAUGUAUAUACACACAUUUAUUGGUGCAUAAUAUAUUUAGGAAAUGUUUCUUUACACAUUUUCAACAUUAAAUUCAAUGCUUUAAUGAUGAGUAAGGUCCAGGAGGGCCCGGGCCUUCUGCCUUUGAUGUUCGUAUCACCUCAUGUCUUAGGUUCUCUUUUAAUUAUGAGUAAAACCACUGUUUGUACAUAUUUAAAUUUCCAUUUCAUAUUUAAAACAGGAGGGAGACACCAAUAAGUCAUUAAUGAGAUGGAAUGCUCACUGUGAUCAUAUUAUUGUAAUGCUUUGUGUUUUGCUUGUAGAAAAAAUGAAUUGUUCAUCUGUGUAUUUUAACCUUUUUAGUGUCAAGAUCUCACAACAGAGUUAAGGCACAAAAAGGAGAAGACGUAGAAGUAAAGAUCAUAUCGGGUUGUUUGGUGUGAGUUGCACCGAAGAGCUCUCUCACCUUUCAUUACGGCUUUAAAGAUAAGUGAACGAUGAGGAACUAUGAGGUUAAUACGGGCCAGGAUGGGUGAAGUGGCUUGUCACUCAGUUCUCACAUGUAUCGGCCUGUGUGGCCUGACACACUGCAGAUACCAGCUCUCUACACUCACACCUCUGCUGUUCUCAUAUUAAUCUUCUGUUCCAGCAUGACAUGCAGUUUUAAAUCUUUUUUUUCUUUGUGUUGCAUAUCGGACUUUUUCUUGAUCGUGUAGCUGUCGUUAUCACAGUUCACAUGAGUGACAGAUUCCUAUCAGUGGACCGAGAGCAUGUGUUCCAGUAGAUCUCUAAAGGCUUGAGAGUUUAAUUUGAUCGUGUCAUGAUAAUAAAAGUAUUUGAAUUGUUUAAAAGCAA